AUGGCCGACUGCACAACAAGGUCCUUUUUGUUGCCACUAGCCCGCGACACAAUAUGUAGCAAAAGGAUGGGCACGAAUGACGAAAAAAAGAGGAGCGACGGGCAAUUUGCACGGCUUCCUGCCUGCCAAUCAUGCUACGCAAAGAAAGCCAAGUGCGAUAAUGCUCGUCCAAAAUGCACUCCUUGUAUGAAGAAUGGCUUGGACUGCUUCGUUGUAAACAUCGGCGGCAGUGAGCCACUUUCAAGAGAGACUAUAUACCAACUGGAACAGGAUGUCCAGCGUCUGCAGAAACAAUAUCAAGACAUUGAGGCACAAAGUGAUGGCAAUCAACAGCAUCUAGGGUCUUUCGAGUCCCUGGUGAAUCAGACGCCUACAGAAGUCGAACAUGUCAAUACACAUGAAAUGAAUGCACACGAUAAGGAGGAUAUCAAUCGUGAUCCAUCUCCGAUGCUUACGGACGGCGCUGGGGUCAGUUUCAUGAGCCUUCUCUUCACUGACUCUGGUUGGAGGGAGAAGAACUCCAACUUGCUUCAAGACUUGUCAAAGUCAUCAGUAAUUGUGGAAACGACAGUCGAGCCGAAUCAAUUACCCGAUCCAGGGGAAGCUCUCGGUGUUUUCAACAACUACAGUCUUAACCACUCCCAUGUACAAAAUCCCUUCUUGCUUCGACGAGACGUGAAGGCCUUAUACCAUUCCGUCUUCUCGUCACCUGGACGUACAAACGAGGAUGAGACUCGGCAAUCGAAACACGACCAUUUCCGUACCUUCAUGAUUCUUGCCAUAGGCUCAGUUGUGUUAUACCGAAAUAACAAACACAGGCAUCAUCCCUAUGGAUACUUUCUCUCAGCCAUGAAGAAUAUUAGCCCAGAUAUCCUUUCAAGAGGUGUAAAUUCUAUUCAGGAUCUGUUGCUGGUUAGUCGGUUUGCUAUUUAUCAUCACAUUGGUACAUCGAUAUGGGAACUUUUGCAGCUAUGUAUGCGAAUUUGCGUCGAGUUGGGUCUUCAGAAACCUCCGACGAAGAAGAAUGCAGGAGCAAAAAGAGUGGGCUUACUCCAAGAACAACUGCAUCGGAGGGUCUUCUGGCAAUGCUAUCGUUACAGCUCCAUAACCCUGGACCGACCUCCCGCCCUUGCCGAGGAAGAUAUUCAGAUUGAAUUCCCAGCUGACGUCGAUGACGAGGACAUCGACGCUGCAGAGGCAUCCGGGUCUUUUUCAGAUCUUGAGAGUUUUUGUAAGGCUAUUUUACAACAUCCUUCGGCGGACCCUACAGAAAUGAGCGUGUUCUUGUAUUGCGUGCGACUACGACAGAUCACCUCUAAUAUUUACACGUCAUUUCAACAGUCGCAGAUUCAUCUGCAAAGAUCAAAAGGGGUCAUAGACGAAUUCUCAGCAUUAGAAAUGGUUGAGUCGAUCUCGAGCAAUCUAGAUGAGCUACUACUUGAAUUGGACAAGUGGCGCCAUUCGGCACCAACUUUUCAAAAUCCACAGAGUCUUUAUCAGAUGCAAGACUGGUAUGACCUCUUACUUGUCAGGGAAAAACUACUUGCUGUGCGCAAGGCCAUUGAUCUUGUCCCAAAGCACAAUCAAAUCCCACCGCAUGAUCUACUUACAAUAUGUCUCCAAUAUGCGACUCAAGGUAUCAUGAAGUUCUAUGACAUGUUCUCGCAUGGAAAAGUCACAUAUACGCGGAGCUAUUUCCAGUUCAUAUUCAUGUCCGGCUUGUCUGUGAUGCUAUGCAUUUCAGUCAUGAUGGACGAUCACGAUAUGAAAAUGAUCGCAAUGGCUCUCAACGCCGUGGAGCAUGCUGAAAUGGUGUUGAGACGAAUGACUGAUGAUUUACCUGAUGCAGUUCCUUAUGUAGCGGUCUUUGAGGCAUUACGGGCAAACAUGCUCGCAAAGCCAAGGAGCUUGCUGGAAUAUGCACCUUCCAUGUUUACGAACAACCUACCUGGUCAACAGCACAUGACUUUGAUGACCGAGCGGACCAGUGAAUUCCAUCCAUAUCAUCACUCAUAUAUACCCAAUAGAUCCGACAGGCAAGAGCCUGUGGCGAACCCCCUGCAUUCUUCGUCACCAUUGCCUGCUCACCAUCAGCUUCCCGCAUUAUACGAUACAGCAGACAACUUUGAUGGUGACCAUCCUAUUCCGACAAUAGAGAAUUCUCUGGCGUUGAACAUAUUCAACAACAAUAGUUUCUGGAACAUGGACGCUGGACUCAGUCAGUAUGCUUAUGGAGAUGCCACUGCGCCUCUCUUUCCUGCUUUUAUGGAUGACUUCCUAAACAAUUGA